GGAUAAUUGAUGCGAAAAAGUGCUGUGCACGCCGAAAGCUUCCAUUCUUUUCACAGGAUACGCGCGUCCUUUCUGCCGACGAGCGGACCAGUUAGUAAGUAAGUGACCGAUCGGACCAUCCAGUGGUGUGCCGAACAGGUAAAUGUCAUGAGCAGCGCCGGGCAUGCGAAGUCCGACGACGGGAAACGGCCAUCCACCAAUAACAAGAAUGGCGACUGGACGUGUCCGGAGCCCGAUUGUAAGAAUCUAAACUUUGCCCGCCGGAAUCAGUGUAAUCGGUGCGGUAAGGAGCGGCCCGGCAGCGCCUCAUCAAAGCAUGGAUCGACAGCCAGCGAUUCGGACGGUGGCGGCAGUGGGGGUAAAAAGAAAGUCGGUACCGAAAUUGGGAAAGCGGCGGCCGAAAAGUCGCGCGGUUUGUUCAGCGCCGAAGACUGGCAAUGCAAUAAAUGUGCUAACGUAAACUGGGCCCGGCGCCACACCUGCAACAUCUGUAGCGCUCCACGGUUUUGCGACGUCGAAGAACGCACCGGCUACGGAGGAGGCUACAAUGACCGCGGCGUGGUGGAGUACAAGGACCGUGUCGAAUCGGACGACGAGUACGACGAGUUUGGGAGGAGAAAAAAGUCGAAAGGCAAAUCGAAGGAGCAAAUCGGUGGACGGUUAGCAUCACGAAGACGGAGAACCGACUCCACGGACGAGGACGAAGAAAGCGAACGCAGUAAGCGCAAAGAACCGCGCAGGCGGCGCAGCGAGUCGAAGGAGGAAGACGAGGACGAAGACGACGACGAGGACGAGGAAGAUAAUGGCGAUCUAUCGAAGUACGAUCUGUGGGGAUCGGAUGCGGAGGAAGCGGGAAAGAAGCCGGCCACUAAGUCCUCCGGCGAUAACAAUAAGUCCACAUCACGGCAGCAUCGCUCACGAUCACACUCGCGAUCGAGAUCAACUAGCAGAGAUCGAAAUCGCCGGCCUACCAGCGACGUGCGAAGGUCCUCUAAAUCGAUUUCUUCGUCGUCUAGUCACGGACGAUCCGACACAAAACGUUCCAGCUCAACACGUCGCCCUGCACGGCACAGGUCGCGGUCCUCCAGCUCACGGUCCCGCUCACGAUCGCGCUCACCCCGAUCGUACCGGCGCAGCAAAGAUAAGCGUCGCUAAAGCAUUUCGCUGAUGGAGAUUCUUUUCGUUGACGAUCGGAUGUUCAAUACGAAAAUAAACUUGUAUAUUUUAGAGCGAAACGCGAACACCGUUCAAACGCUUUUGGUGUUUGUUACACUUUGAUGAUAUGAAAUGUUAAAAAUACGAAAUUGAAAUGAAAAUGUCAAUUAUU